CAACUGCAGAGCGUCGACGUCGACGCUCUCGACACCGCAGCGCGUACAAGCUUCUGUUCAAACCACUCCCCACCACCAAUCAACCGCAUCCACCGAACCUCUAUAACCAUGCUCGACGGCGAUAAGAUCGCUUCACAGGUGUACGAAUGGGCGGAUAGUGACGAGCCCAUCUCCCCCUUGAUCAAGGAGGCCCUCACUGUGAUUGAGGAGGCACUGGAUGACUAUGGCUUCGAUCGCAUGUCCAUCAGCUUCAAUGGCGGGAAGGAUUGCACCGUCCUCUUGCACCUCUACGUGGCCGUACUUUACCGAAGACUACCACCCUCGGAACGAACACCUGCGCCAACCUCAGCCGCAUCCGACUCUGCAUCCCAUAUUGCCAACAGCACCAGCCCAUCUCCCUCCCCAACGAACCCCGCUAUCACCCACACCCACCCCCUCAUCCGAACACCCCACCCCAUCCCCGCACUCUACAUCGCCGUCCCCUCCCCCUUCCCCGCGCUCGAAGAGUUCAUCGAGCACUGCGCGCAGAUCUACAACCUCGAUCUGUACUCCAUCCGCCCGCCAUCAGAGAGCAAUGCGGUGGAAAGCGUAGACACGCCGCGCGGGGAUGGGGUGAGGGCGGGCGCGCCGGUGAAGGAUUACAUUACCAGUGCGGGGACAGGGAACAAACCGGCGAAAGCUGUGGGGAAGGCAAAGGGCGCAGAGGGUAUGAAGCAGGCUCUGCAGAUCUACAAAGAGACGUUCCCUCGGAUAAGUGCUAUUCUGAUUGGUACGCGGCGGUCGGAUCCGCAUGGAGCCCGCCUCUCCUUCCGUAACCCAACAGACCCCGGCUGGCCCGACUUCGAGCGCAUCAACCCCAUCAUCAACUGGUCAUACAAGGACGUUUGGAUCUUCCUCAGGAGACUAGACGUCCCGUAUUGCUGCUUGUAUGAUCAAGGAUACACCUCCCUUGGCUCGACCUUCAACACCUUCCCGAACCCUGCGCUACUCAUCGACGAAGAUGCUCCGUCACCUCCUGAGAAUGCCUCUCCCGCACCGGAAGCAGCGAGAUCAUCGCCACCGGCGUCCGAGCUCGAGCCUUCGCUGCCGGCAGAUUCAACAUCGUUGAAGCUCAGCACACCGUAUGAGACCGCGGCUAGCGGGUCCGCUACGCCCUCGCUCAACGGCAGCACCUCCGCUAGCCGGUUGAUUUCGUCCUCCACGUCAAGCCUCUGCUCUAGCGAGCGGCGAUACCGACCUGCGUAUGAGCUUACGGACGACGAGUUGGAGCGGGCAGGGAGGGGGGCGCCGCCCGUGCGAGCAUCGACGUAGGAUGUCGCCUGUGCGAACAGUAACGGAGGGUGCCGCCGGUGCGAGCAGUGACGUAGGGUGCCGCCGGUGCGAACCACGACGUAGUAGACGGGUUCGCAAGGCGCGACCGCGAGUCUAUAGGGUGUAAGCGCGGGUCUAUAGGGAUUGCGGCGGAUUUGUGCGCGGCGUAGGGUAGGGUAAUCGGCGAGGAAGCGGUCCCGGACUGUACUACAUAGACGAAGAAAUGAAGGGCUAAUGUACUCACUGAUAGAACAAUCAUCGCGCUUGC